AUGUCGCUCUGCCAGAAUCGCCUAACUGAGGAACGAAAGCAAUGGCGCAAAGACCACCCAUUUGGAUUCUACGCGAGACCCGUCCGGACCGGCCAAGGAGUGUUGGAUCUGAAAAAAUGGGAAUGUGGCAUUCCUGGAAAGAAAGAUACCAUAUGGGAAGGUGGGCUGUUCAAGUUGGAUGUGAUGUUCCCCGAUGGUGUAGUACCCAACCAAGCCGCCGAAAUGUACGUUUGCCACCUCUUCCAAAGGCUUGAAAAUGGGCAGAAGAUCUCCUACUCUCUCUUCUUGUGUUCUCGCUGGAGAAGCACCACUGACCAUGCAAUCCACACCAUCGCAACAGGCAAAUUCUCCCCUCCACUCUUUCACCCCAACGUUUACCCGUCUGGAACUGUCUGCCUCUCCAUUCUGAACGAGGAAGAAGCCUGGAAACCAGCUAUCACCAUCAAGCAGAUCUUGCUCGGCAUUCAGGAUCUUCUAGAUGACCCGAACCCAGAAUCACCAGCCCAGGCCGAAGCGUACAAUAUGUUCCGACGGGACCGAGAAGGCUACACUAAUCGCGUGAAGCAACUUGUGAAGGAAAACCCUGGGCAUUAG